AUGGCCAUCAGCAUCAGCAGAACGCUACUGCUCCGGUCGCAUCGCCCGAGCAAGCAGCUGACCGUACUGUGCAGCUCCAGCAAGCGCUACUCCACGAUGGCGGGUCCGGAAUCGACCGACCUCAACCCCGUGGUCGAGCUCCCGGGUCUCGGAAAGCUGAAAGGCUCAACGACACGGGGCGCCUGGACGGGCGUAAACAUCCUGCAGUUCCUGAACGUCCGCUACGCCGAACCGGCCACCGGUGAGCGACGGUUCAAACCGCCCGUCCCGGUACAGCCCUGGGACGGGGUGAUGGAUGUGUCCGAGCCGAAGCUCGGCUCGCCGGUGUACAAGCGCAUGAAGCUGCUGACGGAGGAGCAGCGCGCCCAAAACCUGGAGGACUGUAUCAAUCUCAGCGUGUUUACGAAAGAUUUGCGCGGCCGCAAACCGGUGAUAGUGUACGUGCACGGCGGCGGGUUUUACGACGGUGCGAUCUUGCACUAUCCACCGAACUACAUCAUGGAGAAGGAUGUGGUGCUGGUGGUGCCACAGUAUCGGCUCGGUGCGCUUGGGUUUCUGUGCUCCAACACGCGGCAAAUCCCGGGCAAUGCGGGCGUGAUGGAUGUGGUGCUAGCGUUCGAGUGGGUGCAGAAGUACAUCAGCCAUUUCGGGGGCGACCCGGGGCAGGUGACGGCCAUGGCACAGUCGUCCGGGGCGGCGAUGGUUUCCAGCAUGACGUACAGCCCGCUGGUCGAUACGGAGCGGCUGUUUCAGCGGCUCAUCCUGCAGUCGGGCAACUGCCACGGGUCGUGGGUGUGGGACCGCAGCCCGGAGCGGAACUGCCGCGACAUUGCCGGGUUUGCCGGGUUCGAUCGGAAGGCACCGCUCGAGCAGGUGGAGCGCUUCCUGAUGGAGCUGGACAUUUUCAGCCUGAUGAAAGCGUUCACCCAACAUUAUCGCCUUCGUACCCCGAACGGUACCGACACGAUCGGGGGCGCCCGUAUGGUGUUCAACGACCCGAACGGGCUGUUCCCGGAAAACCCGUACUUCAUCAUGCGCAAGGGCGGGGGGCGCAAGAACAUGCCGCUGCUGACCGGCGUUACCCGGCACGACGGCACGUUCGCGUUUCUGGAGGUGUUCAACAUACUGCUGUUCAAGAAGCUGAUCGGCGACCCGCACAUCACGAUCCACCGGAUGGUGGACGAGGUCAACCAGGUGCUCGGUGUGGACGAUCCGUCCUGCACGGUACGCACGCUCACGAUGGCGCAGUUCUUCACGCACGAGCAGCUAGCGUCGGGCGAUUUGCGCCAGCUGCUGGCCGGGUUUUGUGACCACACGGCGGACGUACUGAUCAAGGGUCCGGUGCUGAAGAUGGCCCAAAACAAUGCGAUGUACCUGCCGGACCAGACGUACCUGUACUCGUUCGACUAUGCCGGCGAGCAUACGCGCUUCGGGUACGGCGGCGACACGUCGGCCAUCCCGUUCGAUGGCGGCGUACAUCACUCGAACGAUCUGAUGUACCUGUUCCCCUACCCGCCGAACGCCGCCCAGCUGAACGAGCGGGACACGGCGGUGGCGAAGCGCAUGGUCGACCUGUGGACGUCUUUUGCCAUCAGCGGCAAACCGGAAGCGAACGAUGUGCCCGCCUGGCCCCCGUUGAAUAACGUACUCGGACCGUAUCUCAAGAUUAACGAGCAGUUUACGAUCGGGCAGGACUUUAGGGAGGAGUUUACCGUCGCGAUCAAGAGCCCGGCCGAGAUUCAGAAGAAGAAACCCCACCCAAAACCAGCGCAAUAGGUGCGGAUUGGGAUUGGUGUUGGGAUUGGUGCAUCACAAAUGAGGGAAUAAAGUGUGUGUGAAUGGUUAAUGUUUAAACUAGAGCUGAUUUCCCCUUUGCUAAGCGGGGGAUGGUGCGCAGCAUUUAUUACACGUAAUAGUGGCCGGCGUAACACGUCACCGUUUCUUUUUCCCCCCUUUCCGGUAUUUGGUUAACU